UCUGGAAAAUAGCACAUUUCUGUACCGUGUCUGAGGGCAGCCCCCGCCCUUCCUCUCUCCUGAUUGUCCAGUUCCGGCCCGGGCAUCGUCACUGGUCGGAGGAGUCAUGAGGGUGCCUUCUCGGCCGAGCUGUGCUACGCGCAGCCGCACCGGCGCGGGUGCGUCGUCGUCGUGGCUGCUCGCGCUCGGCUCGCUCGCCUCCCUCGCCGGGGCGAUUAUCUUUAACCCGAUACCGGAUGCGAAUCUCGAUACGAGCCAGUUGGGAAGAAUUGGCAUUGCCGGCGAUUUCGCCGGCCUUUCGUUGUACCAGUAUGAGGGCCAAACCGAGCAGCCGUUCAAUUCGAACGGAUCGCAACAACUCCUUACACGCCUACCGAAUGGCUUGUUCUAUAGUCUGCUAGAAGCGGACGCGCAUAUCCAGACCAUGUGCGUAUUUCAAGGACGGGUCAUCCUUGGUGGUAACUUCACGAGUCUGGGCGGAAUACAAUCGCCGGGGAUCGCCUCGUAUAACCCUGAUACCUCCGAGGUCGUCCCGGUAGCCGGUCUCUCAGGUCAAGUCAAUAGCUUGCUGUGUGACGAUUCGGCAGGUAAGGUUUACGUGGGGGGCAGCUUUAGAGCAGAAAAUUCGACGAAUGCGAUUACAUGGCUCGCGUCGAACACCUGGGCCAGCCUUCCGUUUGCCGGGUUCAACGGACCUGUCACUUCUAUUACGAAGGCGCCCGACGGUCACAUCGUUUUCGGAGGCAGUUUUACUGGCCUCGGCAAUACCAGCGCACCAAGCACGCCCGACAGCCAGGUCAUCAACCUCUCAACCGCCACCAUCGAGGCCGAUCAAAGCACGUCGGCGGAGGGAUUCAGCGACCCCAAGAACAUCAUCUGCAAGGCCGACGCGGCGGGAGGCCCCGGGAGCACGUGGCUACUGCAAGACAAUACUCCGGGCGCGUGGAGAGCUAAAUUUAACUUCGGCUUCCGGCCUACGAAACUACGGCUCUGGAACACGCACCAGGAUGGCCGCGGGACCCAGGUCUGGCGGUUCACUGCGCUUCCGUUGAAUGGAAUUAUGAAUUUCACCUACGUCGACCCGGUGACGAAUCAGAAUGCCUCGUGCACUAACCAGUGCCCCUUGAGCAGCGACCCCGACGUCAGGUUUCAAGAUUUCCAUUUUGUGAACCUGAUCGGGAUGAACGAAUUUCGUAUCGACGUCUCUGGUUGGUAUGGCAAUGGCGGUGGUUUCGACGGCGUCCAGCUGUUCCAGGACGACAUAUUCUCGUUCGCGGUCAACGAUUUCAACGAACCCGCCUGUGCUAAUACGACUUCACCGUCGAAUGCGACAACUACGGGGCCCUGGACCGUUGCCCAGUCGGGGCAGAGCAACUCCCAGUAUCUAUCGGCCCAGUUGCCGAAGCCAGUGGCUUCGGAUGCCGCUUCCGUCGUGUUCUACCCCAAUAUCAGAGAAUCUGGGGAGUAUAUCAUCAAGCUGUACACGCCGGGCUGUCUUCAAGACGGCACUUGCGCGAGGCGCGGCCAGAUCAGCGUAUCGGGAACGUUGACCGCCCGCGGCGCCAAUCGGACAAUGGACACUAGAAUCCUGUACCAGACGAACGAAUUCGAUAAGUACGAUCAACUUCAUAUCGGGUCAGUUGAUGCUAGUUCGAGCUCCUUCAGGCCCAGUAUCACAAUGACGCCUGUGGCCGGCCAAGAACAGUCGAUACCCGCCGACGACUUUGUCAUGGUUGCCCAGAGGGUCGGGUUUGAAUUGAUCAAUUCCACCGGCGGGUUGAAUGGCUUGUUCGACUAUGAUCCCAGCCGAUCCACCAUUGACACGUCGGAUUUCUCAACCUCCGCUUUCGUCAGACUUGGUUCCUCCUUCUCACCGUAUUCCGCGGUAGGAUCACUUAUCUCCACCGCCGACAGAACUUACGUAGGUGGAAAUUUCACCUCCGACAGCGUUCGCAACAUUGUCGCCAUCGACAGUAGCGGAAAUACCGUGGCUCUUGAUGGCGGUCUCAACGGCGAGGUCCUGACCAUGCACCUGAGCGGGAACCGAUUAUUCGUCGGCGGUGUAUUCAACAACACACAAGAGGGCUCCACUCCAGGACUGAGCAAUGUCGCUUUUUACGAUAGCGGUUCUAACAGCUGGGAGCCUCUCGGGGCAGGCGUAAACGGGAUUGUGAACGGCAUCGUGCCGACGACAUUGAACCUUAGCGAUAACACGGUAGAGGAUGUCAUUACCGUGACUGGUGACUUCACUCAGUUGCUAGCAUUCGGCAGCAACGAGGCCGCCGAUACUCAAGGAUUCGCCGUCUGGGUAACAUCCCGAAGCAACUGGCUGCAGAAUUUGAAUAUACCGGUGCCUUUUCUGGGCGGGAUGCUUUCAACGUACUCCGAAGUGUCGAGCAACGAAACCUUAUACGCCGGUUCGAUAUCUUCGCAGCUCCUCAGAGCAUAUGGCACCGUAACCUUGUCAAACGCACCCGGCAGCUUCCCCGUUAGCAUCCACCCUCCCGCUAGUAGCUCCACCAGCGUCGCAACUGGCGUUUCUAAGCUUGCCGCGUUGGCAGACAAUGCUACUACGAUCGCUGGUGUGGUGGCUGGGGCCUUCUACGAGAACGACGGAAGAAAUAUUACCAUCCUUGGUGGUCACUUCACCGCGGACGCAUCUAACGGCUCGACCAUCUACAAUCUCGCCUUCAUCGAUGGCGCGGACUCCGACUCCGUGACGGGUCUAAGUGCCGAAGUAUCCGAGACUUCCGUGUUCCUAGCACUCGCAAUCCAGGGCGACAACUUAUAUGCCGGCGGGAGGGUCAGGGGCACUGCUCAAGGCUCCACCGUGAACGGCCUUAUUUCGUACAAUCUCGCCUCAAGGUCGUUCAAUGCUCAACCUCCUGCCUUGGCAGGCGACAACGUCAUCGUUUCCUCCGUAAACGUUCGGCCGAACAGUGGGGAUGUCUUUGUGGGCGGAUCUUUCGACAGGGCCGGUUCCCUUCCCUGCCCGAGCGUUUGUCUCUUCAGUACCGGCAGCAAUCAGUGGAUUCGGCCAGGGUUCGAGCUGGACGGCGAUGUUUACGUUAUGAUGUGGUCGAGCGACUCGGUUCUGCUUGCCGGCGGCAACUUGACGGUGAACGACACGACUGCUCACUUAGUGUCCUACGACGCCUCGAGUUCUACAUGGAGCCCCUACCCCGGUGCCUCGGAUCUCCCAGGCCCCGUGGAUGCCCUGACCGCCGCGAACAGCGAUGCAAGCCAAGUUUGGGUCGCCGGUACUCAGUCCGACGGCACCACGUACUUGGUCAAAUACGAUGGCUCAGACUGGGUAUCAGCCGACGUCUCGCUAGGCCAGCGCACGGUUAUUAACAGCCUCCAAAUUUUCACGGUGACCGAAUCUCACGAAUCGUCCUCGACCUUGGACGCCAGCCAGGUCCUCAUGCUAACGGGGUCCAUCGACAUCCCCGGAUUCGGCACGGCGUCGAGUGCGAUUUUUAACGGCACAACCCUUCGGCCUUACGCACUCACUUCAAGCAGCGGCAGCUCGACUGGGUCAAUCUCCCGUAUUUUUGUACAGAGGCAGAACUUUUUCACCUCCUCAGGAGGUGGCAUGCCGAUCGGAUUUGUCGUUCUUAUUUCGCUGGCUAUCUCGUUAGGUCUCAUGCUACUCCUUGUAGUCGCGGGCCUUGCAUUAGACCGAUACCGCAAGAAGCGCGAUGGCUACAUCCCUGCCCCUACCUCCAUGUUUGAUACCGGUAGCAGCAUGCAGCGGAUACCCCCGCAGGAGCUAUUUAACUCGUUGAACCAGAGUAGUAGAUCCGGGGCACCUACGGUCUGAGAGGGUGUCGACGGCGAUCGAAUCGAGUUUAAGGGGGGCAUCCUUACGCCAUCCGUCUCCAGUUGCGUCCCUCGCAAAUCCAACGAUACCACUCUCAGAAAGAAGAUGAAUAGACCUGACCUCCACAGAGUCGGGAGAUUGAGAUUACACCGCAAGAUACCCAACCGACAGCAGAAGCUGUCGUUGCUAGAAGUUAGGGGAGGAGAGGAGGGCGGUGGUGGGGUUUCCGCCGA